AUGCCGACGUUUGUGCUUCCUGGUGAUAUCGUUGUUCCAUCCGAUGUCAUAGAUGUAGCUAGUCCAUUGAGACUAGGUCCUGGACUAUCACAAAAGCAGGACACUAUAGUGGCAAUCAAGUCGGGCUUUGUUACAGAAGCGUCAGGCAACCGAUUAUGGCUGACCGCCUCACAAAAAAAGUAUAUUCCAGCACUUGGUGAGCCAGUACUAGCAGUUGUAUCAUCAAAGCAUAUGGAGAGUUACCGAGUAGAUAUUGGUGGCCCACACCCCGCUGCACUUCCUGUACUUGCCUUUGAAGGAGCAACCAAGCGUAACAAACCCAAUCUAGAAGUCGGUGCAUUGGUAUAUGCCCGUGUCUCGCUUGCAAAUAAAGAUAUGGAGCCAGAGAUCGAAUGCAUCAAUCCUUCCUCUGGAAAAGCUGAUGGAUUUGGAGAACUCAAUGAUGGGUUCAUGAUCAAGUGCUCUCUUGGAAUGUGUAGAAGUUUGAUGGCUAAAAAUAAUACAAUUCUUGCUCAAAUAUCGAGCUUGUUUCCAUUUGAAACAGCAAUUGGUAUGAAUGGACGGGUAUGGAUCAAUGCAGAAACACCUAAACAAAUCAUUAUGAUUGCCAAUUUAAUUCGAGCAGCAGAUGGUGCAGCACCUUCCAAAGUUCUUUCCAUGCUAAAAGCAUUCAAAAAACAGUUGGAUGCUAUGGAUGAUGAAUAA